AUGGACAUUAAUUUGCAUUUAAAUCUUGAGAUGAAUGACACACGCAUGAUAGGAAUAUUUGGAAUCGGUGGAAUUGGUAAGACCACUCUUGCCAAAGCGGUUUAUAACUCGAUUGCUCUUCAGUUUCAAAGUAGCUGUUUUCUUUCCAACAUUAGGGAGAUUUCAAGUCAACCAAAUGGUCUGGUCAGAUUGCAAGAGCAGCUUCUUUGUGAUACCCUAGAACAUUCAAGUGUAAAAGUUGGAAGUGUUGAGUCUGUUGACCAAGGGAUCAAUUGGAUAAAGCAAAGACUUUCCUCUAAAAGGGUUCUUUUAAUUCUUGAUGAUGUGGAUAAGUUGUUUCAGUUAGAAGCAUUAGCUGGAGAAUGCUAUUGGUUUGGUUUAGGAAGUAGAAUCAUCAUAACAACAAGAGAUGAACAUUUACUUAAUGUGCACAGAGUUGAAUUAAAUUACCAAGUGAAUGAGUUGGAUUACAAUGAAGCUCUUCAGCUCUUUUGUUGGCAUGCAUUCAAGAGUGACAAGCCUCAUGAUGAUUAUGUGGAAGUUGCAGAAUAUGCAGUACAUUAUAGUGGAGGAUUGCCACUAGCUUUAGAAGUGUUAGGCUCAUAUUUAUAUGGUCAAGAUAUAGUUUAUUGGAAAAGCCAAUUGGACAUGUACAAAAGAAAUCUUAAUGUUGAUAUUCUACGCACACUAAGAAUUAGUUUUGAUGGCCUAGAGGAGGCUGAGAAGAAUAUUUUCCUUGACAUUGCAUGUUUCUUCAAUGGAGAGAAUGUAGAAUAUGUUGAAAAAAUACUAAAUGGUUGUGGUUUUUUCGCAAAUUUUGGCAUCGAAGUGCUAAUGGAGAAAUGUCUCAUAACUGAGUCUUGUGGAUCGUUGGUGAUGCAUAACUUAUUGCAAGAAAUGGGUAGAGAAAUUGUUCGACAAGAAUCACCAAAUGAACCUGGCAAGCGCUCUAGAUUGUGGUUUCAUGAAGAUGUUCGUCGUGUCCUAGAAGAAAACACGGGAACACACAAAGUUGAGGGCAUAUUGAUAGAUUUGCCUGAAGCAGACUUGAUACAUCUAGAUUCCAGCGCUUUCAAGAAGAUGAGAAGGCUCAGAUUGUUGAUAAACCGUAAUGCACGCUUUUCUAAAAAGCCUAAUUUUCUCCCUGAGGAGUUAAGAUUGCUUGAUUGGCCUGAAGAUCCUGGAGAAUUUUUGCCAUACAAUUUUAUUAGAAAUAAACUUGUUAUAAGAACGCCUAGAUUGGGGGUAUUUGAGAGAAUGACUUCUUCCAUGACCUUCCAAGUAGCAUAUCCCUCUUCUUCUUCUUCCACCCGUAGAUGGAAGUACGAUAUAUUCUUGAGUUUUAAAGGUGAAAGUACUUGCCACGAUUUUAUUUCCCACCUAUACCAGGCUUUGUAUCAAAAGGGAAUCAACACCUUCAUCGAUGAUAAGCUUAAAAGUGGAGAGGGAAUUUCUCCAGUACUUCCUAAAACUAUUGAAGAGUCAAGGAUUUCAAUUAUUGUAUUCUCUCAAACUUAUGCAUCAUCUAGGUGGUGCUUAGAAGAGCUAUUGAAGAUCUUUGAGUGUAAAGAAACAAAGGGACAAAUUGUUUUACUAGUGUUUUACAAGGUGGACCCAUUAGAUGUACAAAAAAAGAACAAUUUUGAAAAAACAUUGGUUAAACAUCAAGAAAGGUUCAAGGAUGACAUGAAAGUGCAGCGGUGGAUGGAAGCCCUAACAAAAGUGGCCAGUUUUUUGGGGGGACAUUUAGAGAAUUACAGGAAUGAAGCUGAGUUUAUUGACAAAAUCGUUCAGAAUGUCUCCAAAAUUGUAAAUUACACAGGCUUGCACGUUGCCAAGUAUCCAGUUGGAAUAGAGUCUCGUGCACAAGAGAUCAAUUCACUUUUAAGUAUUGAGAUGAAUGAUAUACGAAUGGUAGGGAUCUUAGGAGCAGGUGGAGUUGGUAAGACAACUAUUGCCAAAGCUAUUUACAACUCGAUUGCUUCUCACUUUGAAGGUAGUUGUUUUCUUGAAAACAUUAGAGAAACUUCUUGUAGAAAGGAUGGUUUGAUCCAUUUGCAGAAUGAACUUUUUUCUAUGAUACUAGGAGGUUUAGGUCUAAUGGUUGACAAUGUUGAUCAAGGAAUUACUUUGAUAGAGCAGAGACUUUGCAGUUUAAGGGUACUUAUAGUUCUUGAUGAUGUGGAUCAGUCAAUCCAAUUAGAAAUGCUAGUUGGAAAAGGUGAUUGCUUUGGUUUAGGAAGUAGAAUCAUUAUAGCAACAAGAGACAAACAUUUACUUACUGCACACGGAGUUGAUUUAACAUACCAAGUGAAUGAGUUGGAUGACAAUGAAGCUCUUCAGCUCUUUAGUAGGCAUGCCUUUAAUAGCGACAAACCUAAUAAUGGUUAUAUGGAAGUCACAGAAGACGCAUUACGUUAUAGCGGAGGAUUGCCACUAGCUUUAAUGGUGUUAGGGUCGGCCCUACAUGGUAAAGAUCUACUUUAUUGGAAAAGUCAAUUGGACAAGCUCAAAAGAAUUCUAAACAUUGAUAUUCAACGCACACUUAGAAUUAGUUAUGAUGGAUUGGAUGAAAAUGCGAAGAAUAUUUUCCUUCACAUUGCGUGUUUCUUCAAAGGAGAGAAUGUAGAAUAUGUCACAAACAUAUUAGAUAGUUGUGGUUUUCGUUCAUAUAGUGGCAUCGAAGAGCUAAAGGAUAAGUGUCUCAUAACUCAGUCUUGCGGAUCAUUGGUAAUGCAUGACUUGUUCCAAGAAAUGGGUAGAGAAAUUGUUCGAAAAGAAUCACCAAACGAACCUGGCAAGCGCAGUAGACUAUGGUUUCAUGAAGAUGUUCUAAAUGUCUUACAAGAAAAUACGGAAACAAACAAUGUUGAGGGCAUAUUGAUAGAUUUGCCUGAAGCAGACUUAAUACACUUCAGUUCCAAAGCGUUCAUGAAGAUGAAAAGGCUCCAAUUGUUAAUUUGCCGCAAUGCACGCUUUUUUGAAGAGCUUAAUUUUCUCCCUAAUGAGUUAAGGUUGCUUUAUUGGCCUGAAUAUCCUGGAGAAUUUUUGCCAUCCAAUUUUAGUGGAAAGAACCUUGUUAUUUUAAGAAUGCCUCAUAGUCACCUCAAGGGAAUAGAGGGAGUUGAGAAUUUUCAAAAUUUGACUAUGAUGAAUUUCACUGGUUGUGAAUUCCUACAAAAAGUUCCAGACAUUUCGAGGAUCUCAAAUUUAGAGACAUUGAUUCUUGAUGGUUGUGUACGGUUAGUUGAGGUUCAUCGUUCUAUUGGAUUCCUUGAUAAGCUCGUCAAUUUGAGUCUUGAAAAUUGUAUUAAUCUUAGGAGUUUUCCGAGAAGCCUCAAGUUGAGGUCUCUAGAAUCUCUUGUCCUUUGUGGUUGCUCAAGACUUGAGAACUUUCCUAAAAUUGAGUGUCAAAUGAAAUGUUUAGAGCACAUCGACUUUCAAUAUACUGGUAUAGAGAAACUGCCUUCAUCCAUUCGGUACCUUGUUGGGGUUAAAAAAUUAAAUCUAGCUGGUUGCACAAACCUUGUAAGUCUUCCAGAUAACAUUUCUCAGUUGCAACAUUUAGAGCGUCUCAAUCUCAAGGGUUGUACUGGUAUAAAAAGACUCCCUUCAUCCAUUGGGUACCUUGUUAGGGUUAAAACAUUAGAUCUAAGUGGUUGCACUAACCUUACAAAACUCCCAAAUAGCAUUUAUCAGUUGCAAGAGUUAGAGCAAUUUGAUCUCAAGGGCUGUUCAAAAGUUGUUAACUUUCCAAAUAACAGACAAUCCAGGCCUUCUAUUACAUCCACACAAGAAUCUGAAAUUUCAUAUGGAGCAGAAUUUGUCCAAUUGUUCAACGAUCCUAAUUAUGGUUGUUCCUCGACAACAUUUCCAAAACUUCAACGGUUGGAUCUUAGAAAUUGUGCUCUAUCAGAAUCAAAUUUUUUUAGGACAUUUGAUUGUGGCUCCGUGUUGAACCGCUUAGAUCUAUCAGGGAGUGAUAUUGUUACCCUUCCUUCAUGCAUUAGAAGAUUUGUUGGAUUGAAGUUCCUGUAUUUGAAUGAAUGCAAGCAACUUCAGAAAAUUCUAGGGCUUCCACCAAAUUUAGUAGAAGUGUCUGCUAGUGGGUGUGUGUCAUUGGCAAUACUCUUAGAUGAACCUAGAAAAUCUGUUGAAACAGAAUCAAAAGAUUGCCCUAGCAGUUUGGAAUAUCUAGAUCUGUCAAGUAGCGCUAUUGUUAGCCUUCCUACAUGGUUCAACAGAUUUGUUGGAUUGAGACGCCUUACCUUGGAAGAUUGCAAGCACCUUCGAGAAAUUUCAGAACUUCCACCAAAAAUAAGAGAAGUAUAUGCCCAUGGAUGCACGUCAUUGGAAAGAUGUCAAUUUAAUAUAUACCCAACACUUGGAUGGAUUGACUUGUCCGAUUGUCAUGAACUGCAUGAAAAUAUGUGGAAUGAUCUGCAAAUUUAUUUAUCAAGUGAGGGACAUCUUGAGGACCAUAAAUUUGUCUGUAUGUUUCCAGGAAAUAAGAUUCCAAAUUGUUUUAGCUAUUGUAGAUAUGUUUCAAAUAGCAAUUCAUAUGAAAUAGAUAUUGAUGAGCCUGCAGAUUUGGAUGGGGAAAUCAAAGGAAUUGUUUUCAUUGCUGUUAUUGGAACAAAUGCAGACAUCCCUUAUGACCAUGAUGAAAUAAUAGAGGGUGGACAAGAUGAAGAUGCUUAUGGAAUUGUCUUUGAAGUCAUCAGUGAUGGUGUAAAAAUGUAUUCUUUCGUGGAGGAAGAUAUCCCUGGACAAUUUCACUCAGAUCAUGUAUGGUUGCAUUACAAUGUUCCAACUUUUAAGAUAGAGGGGGAUAAUCUUCGAGCUAAAUUUAAGGUAAGGUCAGCGUCAAUGUUCUUUAAAAGUUGCGGAUUUCAUCUGGUACGUGGGCAGGAAGAGAAAGCAGUAGAUUUAAGGAACGAUGAUGAUGACGGCAACUUGGAAUCCAAUCAAAGCCCCUGGCUUUGGAGGUUAAUCCAGCAUUUGCUUAUUGAUCGGCGCACUUAAUUAUGGAUCAAAUUUUCAUAAUUUGGAAUUGGAGAUGAUCAUGCCAUUUUUCGGAUCUUUUGGUACAAUUGACAAAUGGGGUUCCGUACUCGAAUGCUCGGGACAUAUUCAGAAUUUGACCAUGAGCAAGUUUGUGCAGGGCAGUCAACUAUUUAGGUUCUUGUAAUCUAAUAUCAAGGGAUAAGAUUCCUGAACGUGUGGGAAAUCAAAUUCUCUCCCUGCCUAUAAAUACAAGUCAUCUUAUUAAAGCAAAGUCGACAUCCGUGUGUUGGUCAACUCGAAGAUCGGCAGGCGUGCUACGUCAUCUUCAAGAAAAUUGUGCAUCAACAAUUACUAUUGCUUUAUUUUUAGGGUCUUGUUCGUGCUUUUAUAGUUUUUUACUUUAUGAUUUUUGUGGCAUAAAUUC